GCGGGGCCAGCGCGCAGGGGCAGACCUCGCGCGCUCCCGGCCGCUCGCUGGCUCUGGGGCCGCGGCGGCUCCUCAGCGGGGUCGCGCCGGAGGAAGGCCCUCGGGCGGCCUGCGGACUGACAGACGGACCGACCGACCGACCGACGGGUGUGGGCCGAGCCGCCAGGCCCCCGCGCCCGCCGUCUCCACUCUGCCAACGCCGGGCCGCGCUAUGGCCUCUUCGCCGGGCUCGGGCAGCGCCAACCCGCGGAAGUUCAGUGAGAAGAUCGCGCUGCACACGCAGCGCCAGGCCGAGGAGACGCGGGCCUUCGAGCAGCUCAUGACGGACCUCACCCUGUCGCGGGUUCAGUUUCAGAAGCUUCAGCAACUGCGCCUGACACAGUACCACGGCGGGUCCUUGCCCAACGUGAGCCAGCUGCGGAGCAGUGCGUCGGAAUUCCAGCCGUCCUUUCAUCAGGCCGACAGCGUGCGGGGCACCCGCCACCACGGGCUGGUGGAGCGGCACUCCAGGACCCGCUUCCACCCCCUCCACCGGCGGCCUGCGGACAAGCCCGGGCGGCAGUUUGAUGGUAGCACUUUCGGAGCCAAUUACUCCUCACAGCCCCUGGAUGAGAGUUGGCCAAGGCAGCAGCGUCCUUGGAAGGAAGAAAAGCAUCCUGGCUUCAGGCUGACAUCUGCGCUGAACAGGACCAAUUCUGAUUCUGCUCUUCACACGAGUGCUCUAAGCACCAAGCCCCAGGACCCCUAUGGAGGAGGGGGCCAGUCGGCCUGGCCGGCCGCAUACAUGGGUUUCUGCGACGGUGAGAACAAUGGACUCGGGGAAGGUACGGAUUGGCCUGGCCACUGGGCUGGGCGGGAUGCCGACGGCAGUUCAUGUGACCUCCUUUCAACAUCGAUGUCUUUCCCGGGUUCGUUGAAAGAAGAGAAUUUGUUGAACGUUCCCAAGCCACUGCCGAAGCAGCUGUGGGAGACCAAGGAGGUCCAGUCGCUGUCCGGGCGCCCUCGAUCCUGUGAUGUCGGCGGUGGCGGCGCUUUUCCACACAACAGUCCCAACAUGGGCCUGUCCCCCUUCCUGGGGACCCUGAACACCGGGGGGUCCCUGCCGGACCUAACCAACCUCCACUACUCGGCGCCGCUGCCCGCCUCCCUGGAUGCCGGCAACCCCCUCUUCGGCGGCAUGAGCAUGGGGAACAGCGUGGGCAAUCUCCCUGCUGCUAUGACUCACCUGGGCAUCAGAAGCUCCUCUGGUCUCCAGAGCUCCCGGAGCAACCCCUCCAUCCAGGCCACCCUCAACAAGACGGCGCUCUCCUCCUCCCUGAACUGCCACCCGCAGACACCGCCCAGCGCCUCUGCCCUGCACCCGUCCCUGCGCCUCUUUUCCCUCAGCAACCCGUCCCUCCCCACCACCACCCUGAGCGGCCCCUCCCGGCGCAGGCAGCCGCCCGUCAGCCCGCUCACGCUCUCUCCUGGCCCCGAGGCUCAUCAGGGUUUCAGCAGACAGCUCUCCUCCACCAGCCCCAUGAACCCCUACCCCGCCUCGCAGAUGGUGUCCUCUGACGGGAGCCCGCUCUCCUUCCUGCCCACAGAGGCUCAAGCUCAAGUGUCCCCGCCUCCCCCGUACCCCAGGCCCCAGGAGCUCCCCCAGCCUCUCCUGCAGCAGCCCCACGCCCAGGAGCCCCCUGCUCAGCAGCCUCAGGCGGCCCCGUCCCUGCCACAGCCGGACUUCCAGCUCCUCACGGCCCAGGGCUCGUCUCUGACCAGCUUCUUCCCGGAUGUGAGCUUUGACCAGCAGUCCAUGCGGCCCAGCCCAGCUUUCACCCAGCAGGUCCCCCUGGUGCAGCACGGCCCCCAGGAGCCACAGGACGCGUUUCAUUUGAGACCAAACGUGUAUUCCAACUGCGGGAAUUUCCCCAACGCCCUCCUGUCAGAAGACGCAAGCUCUGGCCUGUUUCGAGACCUGGGCGGCGAGCUGGAGGGCAUGCCCGAGGUCAGUCUGAACAUGGACGCCGCAUUCCCGCUGGAAGAAGAGCUUCAGAUCGAGCCCCUGAGCCUGGACGGACUCAACAUGCUCAGUGACUCCAGCAUGGGCCUGCUCGACCCCUCCGUCGAAGAGACGUUUCGAGCCGACCGACUGUGACCAGAAGGGACCGGGGCGGAAUGAUUUAUACCUGAACAGCUAACGUGAAACGGAACAGGAUGGAGCCCGCGACACCCCCGGCUUUGGUUACCCCGGGCUUCUGGCAUGGAAAGAACCAAUUGCACGGCUCCCAGCUUUCUGAUGAGGUCCCACCUCAUCCCAGCGACUCUUCCUGGACCCCAGAGCGAGGCCCCGCCUCUCGGGCCUGCGGUGCAGGCUCAUUCGGAACUUCCAGCGAGCUGGUCAUCACCGUGACCCAUCACCCAGCUGGUCAGCUUGUGUGGCUCAGUGGAUAGAG